AUUUCACAAAGUCAUAUGAUUGCCAUUCUAAGUCACAAGUUUUAAGAGUUGGGGCUACUUUUUGAUUAAAAUGUAUAAAAUAUGUGUGUAUGUUUGUGCAUUAAUAGUUCUGGUAAAUUCAUCUGGUGAAUUUACCAUUUUACACCACCCGAAAAGCUUAGAAUUUAAAGGACACGAUUCAUUAAAACAAAGCCUUUUACCGGAGGUGUUUUCUACUUCUUUGGGAUUAACAACAGAGAAGGAGUCAAACUGGCAAGGAUUAUAUUUAUCAGAUCCUUUUAAUUUAGCUGAAAAUAUCUUCUCCAUUACCAUCGAUGGAGUUUCAACACUUGAUUUAAAUAAAGGCCAUUUUUAUCCCCUUAUUACCGAUGUAGAUGAAAACGAAGUCUUCUCUACUUUACAAAAUCGAAUUUUAGAUCACAAUCCAAAAGACGGUAAUCGUUUAUUAAGAGUCGAUUUAUCUCAAGAUGAUACAAGCUCUGUUUAUGAAUUAUUUAAAAAUAAAAUUAAAACUCAAAAUGUUCAAUAUAAAUAUUUAAACACUGAUUUGGAGGAAGAUCGUAAAUUUGUUGAGGAAUUCCAAGUGUUAAAAGCUGUUGCUGAUGCUUUAGAACUUGGUACUGUUCAAAGAGAAGCUUUACCAAAAGUACUUUGGCUUAAAUUGGGAUCUUUACAUGCUUUAUCUGAUGUUUAUGGUAAAAACUCUACGGUUGUUCAAGAAGCUAAACAACUUUUAAGUGAAACUUUCCUUACGAUUAAUCAAUCAUUGCAAAAAAUGUUUUCUGGAAGAGUUCUUAUCACCAUUAUUACCAGCGAUGCUAGUCAUACAAGAAGGUUUAAACGAGAUGCCACCCCAUCCGAUUUGAAUUUAGCAAAAACUUACAGCGAUGAUUAUCCAGUUAUUUUCAAUAUAAUUUUAUGGUUUUGUGUUGUUUUCUUUUUUGCUUUACUCGCCAUCUCUAUGUAUAUUGCUGAUAUGGACCCUGGUCGUGAUUCGAUUAUUUAUCGUAUGACCAGUACACGUAUGAAGAAAGAUAAUUAAAUUAAUUAUUAAACACAAAUAAUUAUAAUAUAAAAGGAAUUUAGUCGUAAUAGUAUUAAAGGUAAUGUUGUAAAUUUUUUCUUUCUUUUAUUGUUAUGUAUAGAUGAUGUAUUUGUGAGACAUUCCUGAGUGUAAAUAAAUUGAAAAUAAAGUUAAAAUAUUUUUUAA